AUCCCAAUCAAACAUUUUCCUGUGCACAUUCAUGAAUUGUUCAAGCAACAAGGAAUGCAAACAACUUAGUAAUGAAAAUUGAUUAAGCUAAACUAGUUAGUUUUGAACUAGCUGGCUGCUAAAGAUCCACAAUUAAUUACCUUCCAUCAAAAGCCCUCAUGGAACUAUACGGUGGUGCAGUCAUCAACCUGAGGCAGGAAAGUUGGGGCGUGGCUAGAAUCAGCGAUGAAAUUAGGAUAGGGACUCGAGUCAAGCUUGCGCUUAUGCAUUUCCAUACUUCUUCUGACGGUAGGCUUCCUCCAGAGAACGUUCUUCCAUUUUUCUUCCUCCAAUUCUUACCCCACAUCUACUUUGUUGCUGUUACUUUCUCAACUGUUAACUCUGGAGAGACCUCCCUUGCGGAUUCCUCCCGUCCACUUCGCACCGUCAAUGUCGUUACUGUUCGCAUAAUAGGAAAAGACAACCGUGUACUAGUCGAAUCCCGACAGGAAUUGUCCGACGGAAGUGUGAGGGAUCGGUUUCGACCAUUGUCCGAGAAAGUAAAGCCCGGUGAGAACCCUGAGGAGGCAGCGAUUCGUGCGGUUAAAGAAGAACUUGGGUCUAUAAUUGGGGGAGGUUUUGGCGAUGGUGGGGUUGUGAAGAUUGUGCCCGGCUCUUAUCAGAAGAAGGUGGAGGAGAGGAAUUCGGUUUCCUAUCCUGGGCUGCCGGCUUGUUACGUGUUGCAUUCGCUGGAUGCGUGGGUGGAAGGUUUGCCGGAGGGAGAGUUUUGCUCUGAAGAAGAGCAAGAGUAUGAGGAUGCCGAUGGGAGCAGAACUCAGGAGAAGGCGGUGUCUGUGAGGAAGCAUUACUCGAAAUGGGUUAGUCCUGUUUCCACUCAUUCUUGAUUUCACUAUUUUGGGCUGUGUAACUUAGCUGAAUUAUUCUAAGGUCUUAUAGGAUUUUGGUUUUGUUUUUGGCCUGGUACGACAAUUUUCCUGUUGUCGAUCGUGGUUGAAGAUCUUGAGAUGUUAAUUUAAUGAAAUACUAGUUCUAGAAUAUAGGACAGUACAAAGGUAAUCAUGUGAAAAUGAGGAGUUGCUUACUUCAAUUUUGAGCUAAUGUUCAAAUUCAGAGUUCUGUUCAUGGUGAGUUGUACAAUUCUAAUUGAUUAAAGUUUGAAACUUUAC